GGUGCUGAUUUUAAAACAAGACCUUGGUGAAAUUUGUGGCUAAAAGGAAUUGUUAGUCUGUUUGAUGUAUUUUAUGCUACUCAAAGACGUCAGGACAAUAACAACUGUUGGGACAAUUUUCAUGAGGAAAACAGAGCUGUCUUAUCUACGUGCAUCAAUGAGGAGACCAGGUAUGGCUGCGUUCAAACAGCAGAAGGUAGAAGACCGAUAUGAAAUUGGGGAAGAGCUGGGAAGUGGCCAGUUUGCUAUAGUGAAGAAGUGCCAAGAGAAAGGUACCGGAGUAGAAUAUGCAGCUAAAUUCAUUAAGAAGCGUCAGAGCAGGGCCAGCCGCCGUGGAGUGAGACGGGAGGAAAUUGAACGGGAGGUGAAUAUUCUGCAGCAGAUCCUACAUGGCAACAUCAUCAAGCUGCAUGAUGUCUACGAGAACAAGACAGAUGUGGUGCUCAUCCUUGAGCUAGUGUCUGGAGGAGAACUUUUUGACUUCCUAGCACAGAAAGAGUCUUUGAGUGAGGAGGAAGCAACCAGGUUCAUUAAGCAGAUUUUGGAUGGUGUUAAUUACCUCCAUUCCAAGAAAAUUGCACAUUUUGAUUUAAAGCCUGAAAAUAUUAUGCUUCUAGACCAGAAUAUCCCUAUUCCACACAUAAAGCUCAUUGACUUUGGCCUGGCCCACAAAAUAGAAGAUGGAGUAGAAUUUAAAAAUAUUUUUGGGACACCGGAGUUUGUAGCUCCAGAAAUAGUAAACUAUGAGCCACUUGGGCUAGCUGCAGAUAUGUGGAGCAUAGGAGUCAUCACUUACAUACUGCUGAGUGGUGCAUCACCUUUCCUUGGAGAAAAUAAGCAGGAAACUCUUGCCAACAUCACAGCUGUGAACUAUGAAUUUGAUGAGGAAUUUUUCAGUCACACCAGUGAUCUGGCAAAAGACUUUAUCCAGAAACUCCUGGUGAAAGAUACACGGAAGCGACUCACAAUUCAGGAAGCACUCUCUCAUCCUUGGAUAACGCCUGUGGACAAGUGUCAGGCCAUGGUGCGGCGCGAGUCUGUUGUUAACUUAGAGAACUUCAAGAGACAAUAUGCCAGAAGGCGAUGGAAGCUUUCUUACAGUAUUGUGUCACUGUGCAAUCAUUUAUCUCGUUCCCUGACAAGAAGGGUCCAGCUAUUACAGGAAGAAAGUCUGUGAUCUGAAACACUAUGGCCUCUUUACUUCAGAGAAAUUGUGAAAGCGACCAUGAGGAGGAUCUUUCACAAAGAAGAGUCACUCAUCUGAGGAGAAGUAGCAUCUCUUAGUGGAUCUAGAAUUCCACAAUAGAGAGACACUGGGGAAAAAUCACCUUGGCUUAAAAAAUGCACUCCAACAUGGCAGAACCUGCCUCAUGGUUUCAUUCAUGGAUGUUGAAUUGCUCACUUUUCAAACUGCAUGAGCAUCUGGAUAAUAUUCAAUGUUCACUGAGACUUUACACCACUGGGGAUUCCAGAGUCCUGGAGAAUUGCAGAAAAGAAGCAAUAUUGGAUACUAUUAUUUAUAAAAUGUUUCUGAUUAGAAUUUGCUUGUGAACUAUGAUAUCAUCUGUACUGAGGACACUGUAUUUUUACUAACACUCCUUUAUGUGCAGCUUGAGUCACAUUCUGAAUCAGGGAUAAGAAUGUGUUCAUUACAGCAAAAAAAUCCGUCUUUCUGGCAGUGAAACUGUUUUGAAUCUCAAGCCAACUUUAAAAAAUAAGCUUGUAUUUGUUAAUGACAUAUUUGGUGGCAAAUUUGUAAUGGGCAUUGUGAGCUGUAUACAGUUAUACCUCCAACACCACUCUCAUGUGAAGGGGAAAUCUUUUUUUUUAAUUUUGUUACCAAAUGUGCUUGCCUUGAUGGUAUGGAAAAGGCAGAAAAGAGCCCUUUGUUUUUAUGCUCAACAUGUCAAUGGUCCUGCUCUGCCAGUUAUCCUUGGGUUAGUUAGUCAGCUCCCAGGUUAAACUGUUGUAAACUUUAGGGAUCAUCUGCAAUUUUUUAGAAAUUAGUACUUUUAUGCUGAUCCAUCUUCCUUCAAAUUGGCCAGCUGCAUUACUUUAAGUAGGACAGUUUCUAAGACAACAUAGUUGAAUUACUGCAAAAAAAUGGGUAUAAUCUAGCCCUUUGUGUUGGGGUUGAUGGUAGCUUAAAAUUGUAAAUCAGACUCAGAAGAAGCAACAGUGGACUUUACAGGGAGACACUGGAUUUUGCCUGAUACGUACAGCUUUGUAUCAGUAAUUCUGAGGCUGGUAUUUUUCCAAGCAUUGUGAAUUUGUAUUGAAACACAGCGGCAGGUAAAUUUUGUCUGGCUUCAGAUUUCAUCACGAACAUCCUGGAAAGAAACAAGAUCAAGGGUUAUUUAUAGAUUUGUAUCCUCUCCAACACAGAGAUAGAAACAUGCACAGCACAUGCAGCAGGGAGAGGUACCUUAUAUCAAAGGGAGAGGAGUUAGCUCACAAAUGACAAGGAAAUAGAGAAGAAGGUAUGUGGGAAGAGAGACAAAAGCAAGGAAACAAAGUAAUCAAUGAAGAGCAAUGGCUAAAAGUAACAGGAAGGAAGCAUAAAUAGAAGAACUGGGGAGGUAGGAAAAGACUGGAGAAGAGACAGGAGUACAGAGGCCUGCUGAUUGUGGAGAAAAAGGAUACAAAGAGAAGAGCUAUUUCCCUCAAAUGUAAGGCUGCAUUCUAAAACUGCUCCUUUAAGUGAGGCACUUUCCCAUGUCAGUGCUGCUGUGGAUUAUGGUAAAGCCUGUAAGGCCUUGUCUUUACUAAGCUACCCAGGUAUAUGCCAAUAUCUAGGAAGGCCUGUCAGGCUAAUCGCCUGAAAUUCUUCUUGAUAAUAUACUGUGGUUUUCUUUCCAUUCUCAGACUUGGUGAUAUCUUCAUAGUUCCUUUUUUUUCUUUCCUCUCUCAGAAUGUUAUAUCUUUAGUUUUCUUAGACAUCUUAUCCAAAAACUAAUUUUUAGCAGUUGGAGUGCUUGCCUCCCAAAGGUGAUGGUAGGAUAAUAAUUAAGUAAAUGUUAUUGCUUGGAGCUUAGCAGGCUAUUAUACGUGACAAAGCUAAACGAGCAUUUGGGUAGCAGGAUCUGCUCCCACAUGUUCUGCUGACAGAAUGCUGGAAACACCUGAGGCAGAUAGCUGGAAAUGUGGGCACAACUCUUGUUUAGAAUAUUUAUUGUAAAAUACAAGGUUGACUACCUUAAUUGUUUUCAAAAUUAUCUUCAUUCUGCCUUGUUUUAAGGCUCUAAGCCUUUGUUGGGGAGGGCAGAAUAUAAAUUAAAUAAAUGAAUACAUACAUACAUACAUAACCCAAACAAAUUAGUGCAUAAUCUUAUUUAAAAAUGAGAUCAGUUCCCUUUCAUAGCCAGAAAAAAGUGCUGCAGCAUUGUCUGAACACCAAUCUGGCCUUUCACUGAGAAUUGGGUUUGGCUUACUCAUCAGGCUUAUUUUGUGGAGAGAACACUUCUGUAUGCACAUUUUAUCAGGGAUUGAUGAGUCAGCCAAGUACCCAGCAGAGCAAAGUUGUUACCUAUUUUCUGCUUUUUUUCCUCUUUACAGUUUUUGCCAAUCUAUAUCUUCCAAAUAAAUGUAAAUUAGAAUGUGAUUAGUUUAUUUCAAUUGCUAUAAAUUUGGUUGUGAUGGUCCAGGAAAAAUGUGAGGCAUGGAUUUUUGUGGGUGAUCUCUUAUAUUGGACCAAAUGUACAUCCUGCAGAUGCUUCCUUAGCCUGACAAAGAGUAUUUAUACCCAAAAGCUUGCUAAGAAGAAUUUUUCUAACUAUUUGAGUUGGUCUAAUAAAAGAUAUCAGAUUUACCCAAAGAACCUUGUCUCCCUCCCAACUAGAUAUUAGAUCCAAUAAAAGAUAUCACCCACAAAAAUUCUUGUCUCUAUGAAUUUGUAUUUGUUUCAAUGGGCAGGAAAUCUAUUAUUUUGUGUUUACUUUUUGAAAAGGGGCAUUUCCUGGACAUGAGCCACUCAGCCAUAUGUAUUUAAAAUGAUCCCUUCCUGUUUGUACAGUGGAUAUGCAUUAUAUUGAAUUGUUCUAAUAUUAUAAAAUCCUCCGUUAUACCGUUUUUCUAUCAAGACAUCCAGAGUGACUGCUAAACACUGUCCCUUUCUUCAGUGUGUUCAUAUCACAUGGAUAUUGUCAAUUGUAUUUUAUGCAAAUCAACUGACUAUUCAGGACACAAGGAACACCCCAAGGAAUUAUGCGUAGAAAAAUUCAAAAUUAUGCAUCGAGUCCCAGGGGCUGCACAUGGCAGCAUGGAGCCCUGGCCUUGCUUGGCAUACUGGUGUGUGCCUUCAGACCAGACUGGGCUGGCUCCGUGCCAGCAUGUGGGGUUCACAGUACUGCAGGCGGGAACUGUGUACAAUCGGGCCAGGCAGGCUCCAUGCCUCAACAUGGGGCUUCCAGCACUCCAGCAGGAAACUGCAUAUGGAGGCAUGGAAUCACAAGCCAUUGAGCUGGGCAGGAAGUGCUGGAAGCCCCAUGGAGAGGCCCAGAGCCGACUGGUGGCCUGCAGUGCUGCGAGCUCCACAUGCUAGCAUGGAGCCAGCCUGAUCUGGGUUGAAGUCAUGUACCAGUGGGCCAGCUGAGCCAGCUCCAUGUUGCCAUGUGCAGCCGCCAGAACUUGGCUAGAACCGUGUGCCACUGGGGAGCUCUACCUGCCACAGCCAUGAGUGCCCCAAGGGCCUGCUGUUGCUGCUGCCGCUGCUGGCAGCAAGGACUAUGCACCAUGGUGGGGGAGAACAUGUGAUAGGGGGGCUCACACCCUCCCACAGACCCCACACCCACACACACACCCAUGUCCACCCACAAGCCCCAUACCCACCCCAGCUCCUGCAGGCAGGAGCUCCCCUCCCCUCGCCAGCUGUCCAGUCACUUGUCACCACACUCGGUGCCUCCUCAUGGGGCUCCCAGCUGAAGUGCUGGGAGCCCUGUGGAGGUGGAGGCACAGAGCCCGCCCUUGUUAAAUUAUGCAAUUAUGCACAGUCAUACAUUUUAUGCUCAAAAUUACACAGGCACGUCAUUGCAUAAUUCCUUGGGGUGUAACAAGGGGGCUAUAAUUUCACUUCAAAACAAAUGGUACAAUUUCAAUAUUAAAACUUGAUUUUGAAGAAUUCGAUUGAGGAUUUCUGCCACUGUCCCCAAGAUGUUUAGUGUGUUUUUUGUAAUGGACCCCAUUCAAUUCAUUUUAUCAGUUGUUUCUAUUGAUAUUGCAAUGUAUAAUUAUAUUAAUAUUAUUGUGAUUUUCUUUUUUCAUAUCUUAAAUUAUAAAUUUUCCAUUUGCUUAUCCAGUGUCCAUAUAUUUCAUAAGCUAGCAGAGAACAAUUUUUAUCUAUCUGUUUUUAUGUAUUUUUAAUUGUAUUAAUUGUGUAUACUUAAAAUUGGAAUAAACAAGUGAGUUAGGAAGUAAGUAAGUAAACAAGUAAGGAAGAAAAUUCCACAUAAAACAAUUUUCCUUUUCUUAUAAGAUAUAUUCAGAAAGAAAACAAGAUAAAUAUGUAUAUUUGAGAAAUCUCUGGCUCCUCAGUUUGUCUACCAAGUUCUGAUUCAGAUUUCUAUUUUCCUUUCCCCAUGAACUGGCACUUGUAUUUGCCUGAAUACAUCAGCUGUGUCAUGAGAAAUUGAGCUGUGUCUGGGUCUUGAAUUUUUUUAGGCAAAUACAGGAGUUUCUGCUUCAGUUUGAAGUCUGAAAACUGCAGGUGCAGAACUCUCCUGAAAAUUAUGUAACAUUCUGUACUGUAGUAUCAAACACUCAAACGCACCUAUGGGGAGCUGAAUGCCCUUAAUUUCAAAGUCAGUGUGACUUUUGCAGGAUUUGACUGUAACCAACUGGUCAGUUAAGGACUUGAGCACUCGCUCAUACAUAUAGCUAGAGGCUUACUCAGGAAUAAAAUGCCUCUACUCUCCUUUUCUUGUUGCUUUCUCUGCAAAUGUAGCUGAUAUCAUUUAUGGCAGUAAGUGCCAAGGAACCAUGGGUAUUGCAGGCAGCAAUCACAUCAAACAAAACUGUUGCCUGAACUUUUCCAAAUAACAAAAAAUACCCUUCUUUAUUGCCUUGGUUUUAAUGCAGACUUUAAUCCGCAAUUUGUUAGUGGGUUUUAUUUCUACCUGUAUGUGUAGAAAUUUUUCAGUCUACACCAAUUUAUGUCAUUAGGGUGAGAUUCACCACUGCAAAAAAGCCAGUACAAGGCAUAGGCUGAACUGAAUUAAGCGCUAUCCAGAUGACUUGUGUUGCAAUGUCCUUGAGCUUGUACAUGGAAUUAAUUUCACUGUCAGUGAUUUCAGAAUCUUAAAGACACUUGUCAUGUACAACAGCUUUGAGGGUCAUCUUCAAACUGAAAAACAAGUCCUAAUGUAACUCAGUGUAAGAGUUGCCUAUUAUAGAACUUGCUCUUUUGGGGAGAAGACAUAUUUUUCCAUAUACCUGAUGCAUAGGGUCUGGCAGAGAGGAGCCAAUAAUCUGUAUAAAGCCUAAAUAAAUAUUUGCAUUAUAAAGAAGUUGAGAGAGGAUGGAUACUGUAUUGUUGGCACAUCAGUACUGUUUUAAUUGGCAUUUUUAACCUCUGUACCUCUUUUAAGAGAAAUACUCAGGUUUUUAUUGAGUGCCUGGAAGCAGCAUAAACUCUAUCAGAAACCAAGAAAUAAAUUUCUCAUCUUUAUUUGCUAAUAAAAUUUUGCAAAGUUUUAAUGUA